UUAAGAUACACCAUUUGUAAUUAAUAUAUUGUAAACAUUGUGUAAAAAAAAAUAGAUGUGCAUUCCACUACCAGUAGCACGACUGAAAAAAAUCUGAAAUGAUAUGCUUUUAAAGCAUGAGAUAUUGGAGCAGCAUGGAGCCAUCUCAGAAUACUGCUGAAAUAAUAUCAUCUUUUGAAGUAAACAGACAAGUUAAUGAGACAAGUAAUGUAUCAGGCAUUAGUACAAACAUAGAAAUGCCCUCAGAAGAUGCUGGUAAUAUUCCUUUUGAAAUAAAUGAAAACAGUGAUGUAAGUGAAAGUGAAACCACCAAUUCUUCAGAUACAGAAGACUAUCCUGUUAAUACUGAUCUGAUUAAAGACAACUUUGCUCACUUAGAUGAACCAGACUUAUUAACAGAAGAUUUUGAUGGUCAAAACAACAUUGCUGUUAAAACAGAAAUAGAUACAGAAUACAGCAUUGUGGAAUCAAAUGCAGACCAUGUGCUUGAAAUAUUUCCUUUUGUGUGUGGUGUAUGUUGUUUGAAAUUUAACAAUAUUUCUACCUAUCUUAGACACUUUCAGGUGCAUGACCAUGUAGACAAAUAUCUGCAUGUUUGCCUUGAAAAGGAUAUGGGACAAGAAAUGGAAAAUUCUGAUUUGUUUUAUUGUGGGGUAUGUAGGUUAAGAUAUCCAUCUCUUUGUACUUUGUAUAAACAUUUAAUGGAAGAUGAGAGUGUUCAGGACUUUUGGUUUAAUGGAAGUACAAGGACAGCAUAUUUCUAUUUCGAUCAGUCAAAGUCAGAACAAAGUUCUCCUGAUGUAGAAAACACUAAUAAAUUGGUUAAUAAAUGUUCAAAAGAGUGUAGGCAUAAUACUGUUGGCAGUCAGGGUACAGUGCUAGUCUGUCAUAACAAAGAAGUUGAUAGAGUUGUUGAAACCAAACAUUUACUUGUGCGAGAAAGAACCACCAGUAGACGUAUGAUGUCAAAAAUAAAACAGUACAAACACAGAGAGUCAAACAAGAGUAAAGAGGACAGGGAUAUAUUUAGGGAAGCUGAAGAGGCCAUCAGAAAUACAGGAGGAGAUAAACAAAAAACUUUGAAAUGUUAUUCUAAAGAUGAAACAAGAGAGAAAGUUAGUAAGAAUAGGCAAAAAGGACGUUUAACAGGAACAGAUUUUCCAUGUGAGACUUGUGGUAAAAUGUUGAAGUACGGGUCACUACAAGGGCACAGAGCAACUCAUGAGAAACACAUCUUUCCAUGUGAUUUGUGUGAUUUAAAGUUUCAGAGCAAAGCAUGGAUGCAAACGCAUAGAUCACAAGUGCACGCCACAGAUAAAAAAUUUACAUGUGAUGAGUGUGGGAAAAGUUUCAAAGCUUUAUCUUAUUUAAGGCAACACAGCCAAACACACAGAAAAGAAAGGAACAUUCAAUGUCCAGUAUGUGCCAAAACAUUUCUUUAUAAGAAUGUUCUGCGUAUUCAUCUACUUACACAUUCAGAAAAUAGACCCCAUCAUUGCAAUAUAUGUGGAAAGGGAUUUAAGCGGCAGCAUGAUAUUCUUGUGCACAAGGAAGGCGUGCAUGAGGCAGUGGAAAAAUAUCCAUGCACUGACUGUGAUAAAAAGUUUACAACUAAAGACCGAUUGAGGAAGCACAGAUUAAUCCAUCUGCCACCAAAGUUCUUCUGUCAAUUUUGCGAGAAGUCUUUUGUAAGGAAAUCCUACUUGAGGAUUCACUUGAAGGUACAUGGACAAACUGCAGUAUGAACUACAUGUAAAACCACGCACGAAUUCAAAUUCAGUCAACCAACAUGUUCAAACUAAUAAUGGUUAAGUUUAUAUUAUCAUUGUUUUUGCAUUAUUUGUUUUGUUUUUGAAAAUGAUUUUAUUGGAUAUCAUUUUAGUAAUUAUGCUUAAAAUUUAUCCUGAUUGAGGAUUUUUUUCUGUUUCGUAUUUUGACCUAAUAGUAUUUUUUUUUUACUGUUUGCUUUCUUAGUGUCUCACAUGUGAGCUGUUGUUACUCUGCUGUGUUCUUGAUCGGUCCAUUGUUGUAAAAAUUUAGAUGUUCCUUUUCCAUUCGUUCCUAUGCAGUUUUAUUAUAAUAUAAUAAUCAUUAUUAUUUAUUUAUUUAUUUAUUUGUUUUAGUGUUUAUGUAUUUUUUUUAAUGAUUGAAAUUCUAUUUCUUCACGCAUUUGCUUCACGUGUUUAGUGUAAAGUUUGGCAUGUAGAUAGGCUCGGUUUUAUUAGUCCACUGCUGGUUAAAACCAGUUUUGGGGAAAAUGGGAUUGCACUUUCCAGUCUGUUCGUCGUUCUGUCAUUCAGUCCGUCUGCAAUUGCAUGCUCACUGUCAUUUGUCAAGGGAUUUUAAUAUUAUUUUGCAAAGAUGUUCUGCAUAAUAAGAAGAUGCGACAUGCGCAAAGCACGGACCCCUGUUUCGAAUGGCAAGGUCACACUUGGAGGUCAAAGUUCAACCUGGAUUUUUGCUGUACAGUCUUUAACUUAUCCAUGAAGGGAUUUUAAUAUAACUUGGCCUAAAUGUUCCCCAUCUAAUCAGACGACAUUUCAUGACCCCUCAAUGGUCGAGGUCACACUUGCAGGACUAAGGUCAAUAGGAUUAUUUUCCUUUACGGUCAAUAACUUUGUCAUCCAUUAAGGGAUUUUUAGCUCGACUAUACAAAGUAUGGAGAGCUGGCCUACUCGACCCGGCUUCGGCGUCCUUCCGCGUCCGCACCUUGGUUAGUUUUGAUGCACUUUAUCUUUAUCUCUGUAAUUACUUAAUGGAUUUGUUUCAAGCUUAAAAUAGUUAUUCCUCAUCAUCACCCACAUCAUAUGGCGCAAGGGCCAUAACUCUCGCACCAGUUUUUCAUGAAUUAUCCCCCCUUUUUACUUAGAAUUUCAGGUUAAAGUUUUGAUGCACUUCACUCUAUCUCAAUGAUUACUAAAUGGAUUUGAUUCAAACUGGAAGUAGUUGUUCGACAUCAUCUCCCACAUCAUAUGACACAAGGCACAUAACUCUAGUACCAGUAUUUCAUUAAUUAUCCCCCCUUUUUACUUAGAAUUUCAGGUUAAAGGUUUGAUGCACUUUCACUCUUAUCUCAGUUAUUACCAAACAGAUUUGAUUCAAACUUUAAAAAUUGUUCUACAUCAUCACCAGCAUCAAAUGACACAAGGACAAUAACUCUCACACCAAUAUUUUAUGAAUUACCCACCUUUUCACUUAAAUUUCAGGUUAAAAUAUUUAUGCACUUUAACUGUAUCUCGGUUAUUACCAAACAGAUUUGAUUCAAACUUAAAAUAGUUGUACCAUAUCAUCACCCAUAUCAUAUGAUUUAAGGGCCAUAACUCUUGCACAAAUGUUAUGAAUUAUGCCCCAUUUUUACUUAGAAUUUCAGGUUUAUUGUGGUGCACUUUCACUAUAACUUUGAUAAUUAUUACUUAGGGGCGUCUGUGGCCGAGUGGUUAAGGUCGCUGACUUUAAAUCACUUGCUCCUCAUCGAUGUGGGUUCGAGCCUCACAUCGGGCGUUGAGAAUUCUUCAUGUUAGGAAGCCAUACAGCUGGCUUACGGAAGGUCGGUGGUUCUACCAAGGCGCUUGUUUGUGAUGAAAUAAUGCAUGGUGGGGCACCUGGGGUCUUCCCCCACCAUCAAAGAUGGACAAUCGUAUGACCUAUAAUUAUGUCGGUUCGAGGUGAAACCCAACAAAAUAAAUAAUAAAUUGUUAUUACUUAAUGAAUUUGAUUAAAUCUUAAAUAACUCAUUCCGCAUCAUCCUUCUUAUAAUAUGGCACAAUGAAAUACUGCUGAAAAACGGCGUUAAACUCAAAACAAACAAACAAGGUCAGUGACUCUGGUGCAAAUAUUUCAUGAAUUAUAUCCCCUUUUCAGGUAGAAUUUCAGUUUAAUGUUGAUGCUUUUUUAACAUAUCUCUUUUGUUACUAAAUGGAUUUAACUACAGGUAAAAUAAUUGUUCCACAUCUUCAUCCACAUAAUAUAGCACAAGAUGUUAUGAGUUAUGCCCCCUUUUUACUAAUGGAUUUUCAGGUUCGAGUUUUAAUGCACUUUUGCUUUGAGUCAGUUAUUACUUAAUAGAUUUGAUUCAAACUAAAAUUAGUUGUUCCACACUAUUAACCACAUUAUAUGAUACAUGGUGUAUUACUUUUGCAGAUUUUUUUCUAUAAAUUAUGUCCUUUUUAUACUUAUUUAUUUUAUGUUUUUCAGUGGUUUAUCGAAAUAUAACGGUGAAUUAUAUCCUGAUAAACUCACUGGCCACUCAGUGAAAAUUAUCAAAUCUGAUACCCGGAUUAACGUCAAAAAGUUUACCGAGCGUACUGAAAGCCGGAAACAAUAUGACGAUGACGUCGUUAAAAUGACGUCAUCUUUGCGAUGCUUCCUGAUAAAAUUUCCCGCAAAUUUCGACAUUUUAUUGAAAUAAACACAACAAAAGUAGAGUUUUAGACAUAAAAUAAACAGAAAAAUUGUUGGUAUCGAUGUAAUAUCACGGUAAUUUCACUCGUGAACACCAAAAGUUGUUAUUUUCACUCGUGGCUGCGCCACUCGUGAAAAUAUCACUUUUGGUGCCCACUCGGUGAAAUUAUAACGUGAUAUUACACCGAAACCAACAAUUAUCCUCUAUUUAAUGUUUUGAUACCCUUUAUCUCUGUUGUUACUAAUUCCAUUUGACACAGACUUAAGCUAUUGCCCAAUAUCUGCAUCCGCAGUGACAGCUCCAGCUUCCUCAGAUGUCCCUAAUUUCACUAUACAAUAAUAAUACAUGUUCAUGAUUUGCGCUUUUUGUCAGGUUGACGUUAGAGUUGUAACAGGCAUAACAUUCUAUGUUUGUAGUUAUUUCUGAUGAAGACAUAAAAACUGAAACUUGCAAAGAAAGUGUAUUGUUGGUUAUUUUUAACCCAUUUAGAUUCAAAUACCUGUAACUUGAACUUUGAAUGUGCUACUGAUUAUCAUCAUACAUUUUGCAGCGAAAACGUCUUAAUACUGAGAUCUACAAGCAGUCAUUGUAGCAGACAGUAGUCUUGUUUUGAAGUAUCAGACAUUUCCAAAAUUCAAACCUAAGACAAUGGCACCUAACCAGAAUAAUAUGCGUUUAGAUAGAGUAUUAAAUGUACAAGCUUUAA